UCGAAAAUCCAAACAGUCCUCAACGAAAUUCAAAAAAAAAAAAAAGACAGAAAGAGAGAUAGAGAUGGAGAAAUCGAGCUCGAGCAGCGAGUUGCAGAAGCUUGUAGAAGCCAUAAAAAUUUCAGAGGUGGUUGAAGGUCGAGCUGAGCUGAUUGCUAAAUUGGCAGAUUUACAUUUAUCAGAGCAAUCUGAUCUGAAUUGUCUUGUUGAAUCCCUAAUUGCAUUUUGGGAAGAUUAUACUUGCUUGGAUGUGUCACAGUGCAUGUUAAACAAGACUAUUUUACAUGUGGCUGCAAAAUAUCUUGAUUCAGAUAUUUCUGGGUGUUUAUUACAGUUUCUUCUACUUGGAACAAAGGCAAGCACAUGGUGUGGGAAGCAUCUUAAAAUGACUGUCAUGUCAACUCAGGAAUCUCCAGAAGAAGAACAUCACGACUUGUUUUACCAGUUCCUGCUAGAUUUUUUGAGCUUCUCUGCCGCUAGCUUUACAACUACGACAAGGUACUCUGUUUUGGUUGAUGAAGCAUCAAUGGUGGUUGUUGAAAAAUUCAUUCUAGAACAGUUGAAUCUAGCAAAAGAUGCAAUAUCUGAAAUUAAGAAUAUGGAUUCAAUCAGUGCAGAGGUUUUAAAGGCUGCCCAAGCGGUCAUUGAUGCUGUCAUAAGACUCUGCAAGGAGUAUUUACAAGUAAUAUAUUGGGAGUUUUCUGCUGCAGAACCUGAAAAUGAUGAGCAUGAUAUGAACUGUGAACAGGCAUGUGUUACGAAUCAUAUUAUGAACAUAACAACAGUUACAAUAGAAAAGCUAUUUGAAUUAGGCAUUUUGGCUGCAAAUGGUGGUGGAAGUCUUGUAACCAUUCUUAAUGUGUCAUGGAAAGGUGUGGUUACCUUACUUCAGCUAGCCAAGGGCAAAUUGACAGUAAAUGUGAAGGUAGCAGAUAUCAUUGUGACUUUAAUUUCACUUGUCAAUGAUUCCCUGAAAUGUGCAGCUGAGGCUUGGUCUUCUCCUCUGAAGGAUACUGUUUCUGUAACUGAAGCUAGAAGGAUAUUUGUUCCAAUAAAGUUUUACCUGAUCAAUGCAGUAAAAAUAUCUUCCUUAUAUCCAUGCCAGGCAUAUAUGGUAUAUAGAGACUUAACACUCUGUGUCUUGAUACUCUCAACCUUUAAAUUAUCAUUGAGCCAUGAAAAACUUAUGAAAAAUGUCAGUGAAGUGAUGGCUGAACUUUUGGAGAAAACAUCCUUGGAUUUGCUUAUUUCUUUGCUUAAUUCAGCUGAUGUGAAGCAGGAACUCAAAUAUGAACUUCUAGACUGGUUAUUCUAUGACGACUGCUGGUCAAAUGAUGUUAAUGAAGAUCCUGUUAGUAAAUGUAGGACGACUUCAAUGGAUGAGAUCUUUUCAGUGAGUUGUGAAGCUAUGCCUAGGUCAAGAGUAUUGUUGCUUGGUCGAAUAGCACUUUAUUCCAGUUUUCUGAGAUACUCCUUUGAUCUUGAGGAAGAUGUAAAACUUGUGAUUGCCAGAAAGCUUGGUUGGUUUAUGAACAUAAUAAUUGAUGAAGAGGUUUACUCUUUCAUUCUUGUUUCACAGAUUCCGGUCUUGUAUGUUUCUGGAAAAACUGUGGAAUUAACUUGGGAGCUCACAUAUUCAGCUCUCUUGCAUGCCUUAAAAACCUUCGUGGUAGUGGUAUCUUCAACUUUAGCCUGGGAGGAGUUGGGGUCUUUCAUGGUUAAAAAUUUCUUGCACCCUCAUUUUCUUUGCUCAGAAAUCAUAAUGGAACUUUGGUGCUUUUUGGUUCGGCAUGCUGCAAUAGAGUUGGUGAAUGAUAUCAUUGAUGAACUAUGUGCAUUAAUGAAAUUAGUAGCAUCUCCUGAAUCAGUUUUUGUUCCAGAUUCCAGUCUCAGAAAGAUGGCCCGAUCAGUCUGCAUGCUUCUCACAUUUAGCACCCCAUCAGUGGUGGAUCGUGUUUACAGUUCUGUGGCAGGUGAUGAUAGAUCGCAGUUAUCACCAGUUUUAUAUGCAGUCUUGCUUUUGGAAGGCUUUCCACUAACCUUGCUAUCACAGAACAUAAGAAGUAUCACUAAAGACAAAAUCAUUACUGAUUAUUUUGGUUUCAUCGAUAGUCUUGAUGACAAAUCGUUGACUGUCUCCAGUUCUGAAUUUGGGAUUCCAGUUUUUGCUCUAUCUGCUUUCUUGCAGUCACUCCAGGUCACUGUAUCUGACACUGACAUGAAGACCUUGAAGUUCCUAGUUGCUAUUGCUUGUGGUUGUAGGAAUUCUGUGGACAAAUUAAACAAGGAAGUCUAUUGUUUGCUUUUGAGUCAAACAUUAGUGAUUAUCUCAAAUUUGAGUCACCUGUAUGCAUCUGAUGAAAUGGAGGAGGUCAUCUUGGAGCUUCACAAUCUGUUUGUUUCAGGGCCAGGAGCUUCAGAUACUCUGCUGUAUCAAUGCAAACCGGGACUGGCACUUUUCAUGGCUGGACUUAGUAACAUGGGAAUGUCGGAAAGUGAUAAUUGUGCUAAAAGCUCUGCUGUCUGGGAGUUGUAUCACAUGCUUUUGAGAGAGCGACACUGGGCAAUUAUUCAUCUUAGCAUUGCAGCAUUUGGAUAUUUUGCUGCUCGUACUAAUUGCAAUCAGCUAUGGAAAUUUGUGCCACAAGAUGCAGCUCUUUCGUAUGACCUAGUGUCAGGAAAUGAUGCGAAUGAAGAAAGAUUUAUGUCUGAGUUUAAGGCUUUUCUUGAAAAAGAAAUGGCUCUUCCUGCAGUUACACCCAGCUCUGAGCAACAGGGGCUACUUCUUGAGGAAGGUCUAGUUCUAAAAGAAAAGGUUCGCAAGAUCUCAAAUAUCAAAGCAGAAGCUUCAGGAUGUGAUAGCAUGGAGAUUGAUGAUGAAAACCAAUCAAACAAGAGAAGGAAACUUCCUGAUGGAAUUAACAAGGGAGUGGAAUUGCUGCAAAAUGGCUUGAAGGUUAUUAGUGACUGUCUUACCCAGUGGCAACCGAGUCAUGUGGAGUCUGCUGAACUUCAUGACAAGUUCUUGACUCACUUUUCUAGCCUUGAAAAUGUGAUUGCUCGCUUGGUGGGUCUUACGAGUUAAGUGAUCAUAGAAACCCUCUGCAUGGAAAUUUCUCAAGGUGCUUGACAAGUUGCUUGGGUUGCUGAAUUCAAAUUGUAUAGGAAGUAUAGAAGGGAUUGGAUAUGACUCAAAUAGUUCUAAGCAGGUAAAAGUGUUACAUUCAUUCUUGUCAUUGGCUUUGGCAAUUUUAAUCUUGCCAGGACAUGGUUCCAUUUCUCACAUGUUAUAGGACAUGUAUGUACAGAGUUUGUUCUCUAACCUAAUUUUAAACAUAAUUGUUUUAGUACCAAUGUAAAUUUGUGGUCAAAUGAUAUAAUAUUUCCAUUUCUUUAUGCUGA